GUAUCUCCAUAAACCCCAUCAGCUCGUGUACUCCAUGUCUCAGGAAAAGAAAAAAAAAACCCUGCCAGGGCACGUCUCAACUGUGACAGCCCCGCCCAUUACUAGCCCUGUGGUUUUGCACCUGCCUCACCACCCCUGCCACCUUGAGCUCAAAGCUCCAGAAGCUCCUUCACCUGCACUGCAGCGUUUGCUAAACCCUCGCGACCCCCAUGUCCCCCCCUUCUUCUGCGUCUCCACAGAAGCAUCACUGAGACUGUCCACUGUGGACAGGUAUGCAGCCUGAGUGCUGUAUUGGCAGAAACUGCAGCCCACCUCCAACUGAUGAGGACGCGCCGCUGAACGAGGAAAAAUCGGCGCAAGCAACUGCUGAGAUUUACUGAAGAGUUUCGUGUCGACAGGAGAGAAAUCUGCGUGUCCGCGUGUCCUUGUACUGCACUUGGAGGUGCCCUAAGUAACGGAGGAAAAGGGGACGUAAACAUGCAAUAAGUGACAGCUGCAAUCAGGUAGGCAACUACGUAAGAGCGAUCCCACCGGACCUCCUCACUGAACUUUACCCGCUGCGCUUUGACGCGAUGGCUGCUGUUCCUGCUGCUGCUUCUGCUCCUACACUGGGGGAAGUUGGUAGCGUCUUGCGCGGACUCGACGGCGUCUCUCACGUCGGCUCCCAUUUCUUCCUGAGCCCUCUCGGGGACAGUCCGGUUCUCGGGGAGCACCUCGUACCUGGGGACAGGAGCAGGAGUACGGAUUUACCGCACCUAAAAGGGAUUCUCAGGAGGAGGCAAUUGUACUGCAGGACUGGAUUUCAUUUGGAAAUACUUCCGGAUGGCACGGUGCAGGGGACGAGGAAGGACCACAGUCGAUUUGGUAUUUUGGAAUUCAUAAGCCUUGCUGUUGGAUUGAUGAGCAUUAAAGGAGUGGACAGUGGACUUUACCUGGGAAUGAACGACAAAGGAGAGUUGUAUGGCUCUAAAAAGCUUACAGCUGAAUGUGUCUUCAAGGAGCAGUUUGAGGAGAACUGGUACAACACAUACUCAUCCAACCUCUACAAACAUGGGGACAAAGAGCCACGUUACUUUGUUGCAUUAAAUAAAGAUGGGACUCCCAGGGAUGGGACUAAAUCGAGGAGGCACCAGAGAUUUACGCACUUCUUGCCCAGGCCUGUGGACCCCGACCGUGUUCCGGAGCUGUACAGGGAUAUCCUGGGACACAGCUGAGGCACGGGGGACCCGGUGGUCCAAAUCAGGAAAACCCUGGCAGGCAGGGAAGCAGAAAGAGGGAUGACGGCAAGGACGAGGCCGGUGCAGGCUGGUGGACCAGCACGGAUAAGGGGCUCCGGAGGGGCCUCAUGUAGGAAUGCACGAGGGCCAUCUCUCAGCAGUCGCCAAGACAAGCUAGAAUGUCUCGGCAUAAGGGGGUGGUUUGUUCCAGAGGCAAACAACCCUAAAAGUACCUGCGUGGAAUAGGAGGCAAAAAGGAAACAGAGCUGAGCGCUCGCAGAGCAUCCUUCUCUGUUGGACAGAGAUGUCAGCUGGCAGGAGUCAAGGGAAUCUGUCAUUUUUCACAAUUUUCGUGUCAGAGAGCCACAGAUUGUUGAAAAGGACUUUGAAGGAAUUCUUUCUUUUUUUUCUUACCUGUGUCAAGACCUGUUUGAAAAGAGAAAAGUGUAAAAGCUUAUUUAUUUGUUUAGAUACACAUAUUUAUGCUAUAUAUUUAUUUAUUUGAGAAUAUAUUUUUACAAGUAGAAUCAUGCAAUAAUAGAGAAACCACUAGAAGUUAUAUCAACUAUAUAAUGACUGAGACACUGUACUUUUUAUUCUUAACAAAAAAAAUCAAAGCUAUAUUGGCAAACCUUUGAAAAGAUCUCAGCAUCUGACAUGUAUUCAAUCACAAUGUGGCAACUGUAACUCACAUUGUAUGUUUUUUCUUUGCUGUGGCAUUUAAUGAAGACCACAACACUGUUAGAUGUCUUCUUAAAAAAAUCUGAAGUCAACAAACUGACAGAACAAAGAAUAAAUUGCUUAAAAUUUGUAUCAGGCCUUUUUUUUUCAUCUUAUAGGAAAAUCUCUCGCUUUGCAUCCACCUGUGCUCUGUGUUCUUUUUUUUUCUUUUUUUAAAGCAAACUUUUUAACUUUUAACAGACUUUUAAAAGAUGUGUACUUUAGUGGUUGACUUUGCAUUUCAGUUUAAACAUAUAAACCCGCUUACGAGA